AGUACUAAGCGAUGCCGUACACUACACUGUAAGAUAAAAAGAGCACCCGACAAGGUGCUUUGCCAUCAUUAGACGAUAGAUCGCGACUCGGUUCAGUUCUCGUUAUUUGGGGUGUUCGUGUUACUCAUCGAUGUUGUGCGAAAAAUAGGCAGAUAACAAUGUGUGCAAAGUAUAUAACAGCGGUGUUAAUCAUUUCCGGUGCGAUUUCCUGUUUUGGACAGCACUCGACGCCGACGGUGAACAUCCAGGGGCUUGGAAGCGUGCAGGGUUCCAUCGGGCAUUCAGCUUGGACGAAUAGAACCAUCUAUGAAUUUCAAGGGAUUCCGUACGGAGAAGCUCCCGUUGGCACGUUAAGGUUCAAGCCAACGGUUAAGGCUGCAGCAUGGGGCGGUAUUCGGGAUGCUUCAAAACCGGGCAUUCGGUGUCCGCAGAUAGACGAAGACUACGUCAAUGUGGAAAACGAGGACUGCCUCACCUUAUCGGUGUAUUCGAAUGAUUUGGACUCGGUUCGUCCAGUGAUGGUCUUCAUUCACGGUGGAUGGUUCUUCAAGGGGGGCGCCGACCAGUACAAACCGAAUUUCCUUCUGGAGUCGGACGUUGUAUUAGUGGUGGUUCAAUAUCGUCUAGGACCAUUAGGAUUCUUAAGCACCAUGACAGAAGACAUUCCCGGAAAUGUAGGAAUGCUAGAUGUAAUAGCUGCCUUGGAAUGGGUUCAGCAAUACAUCACCCAUUUUGGUGGCGACAGCUCUCAAGUGACGAUUUUCGGCGAAUCCGCUGGUGCAGCUGCUGUGUCUGCAAUGCUUCACAGCCCUCUAGUGCAGUAUCAGUCGACGCCUCUAUUCCAUAAAGCUAUUCUUCAGUCCGGAUCAGUGUUUGCACCGUGGGCUAUAAGUGAUGCUCCUAUUGAGGGCACCAGCGAUAUCACCUCACGCAUUGGCUGCACUGGAGUAGCCGUGGAACAAUGUCUACGUGGAGUAGACUUGCGAACCCUACUGGAGGCAUUCAUCGCUCAUCGUGAUCAAACUAUCAUCACCCGUGGAUACCCUUACGUAGCGGGGACUGGCAUUGUCGUUGGAGGUCCAUCAGGACUCUUUCCUCAACAUCCGAAAUACUAUCUCCAGAAUGCCAACAAGCACAUCGCCAUAAUGGCUGGAGCGAAUUCACAGGACGGUUUGUUCUUGCUGAAUGAGCUACAUAAACUACAACCUCAACUGCUGCAGACUCUCAACACGUCGCACGACCUGUUGCACUACAUUACUAAUCUGCACGAAAAAUUCGGACAUUCCAAGUACGACGGAUCGCUGGAGGUAUAUGCCAUUGGACAAAACUUCUUGGUGCGACAAACGGAACGGUUGCAUUGGGAUAAUCUAGCAUCCGGUUUGACUGAUAUUUGCGGUAACCACGGCAUCAAAGCUCCGGUUCUGAGUGAAAUACAUGCCUUUUCGCACGUGAACCCCGGCAACGUCUACCUGUACAGUUUUGACUACUCGAGUGCGCUGACCCAUGUCAACCUUUCCGUUCCGUUCCCUCACGAUAGACCGGUUCACCAUGGCGAAGAGCUCAAAUAUCUAUUCCCGAAAGAGAUUUUGGACGAUCUUGAUACCAAAAUGGCAAAAACCAUGGUGCAACUGUGGACAUCGUUCGCCAUCCGGGGUAUCCCAGCAGCCAAGAGUACACCCUACUGGCCACCAGCGGAUCAGCUCUUCGGACCAUAUUUGAAAAUUAAUACUGAGAGUGAGCAGAUGAACCACUAUCCGAACGAACUGUUCGCUACCGCCUACAAAUAUGGAGUUUACAAAGGGACAGGAAGUCGAGUGGCUUCGGUUAAAAACAUCGUUACGAUUCUGUUCUUGUCUUUUGUUUUCAAUUUGGUGGUUUGACUGCUUAACCAUUGUUUUUGACUGUAAAGAAAUCUGAUUAUUUAAGCAUGUUUGUUUUGACUUCUUCAGCUUUGCUUCAAUGUCGUUUCUAUAGUGUUUAAAUAUUUGCUCAAUAAAGCAUAUAGAACAAAACCCGAGUUGUUCUACUGAUGGUGAACUGAAA